CCAUCGCCUGGGCGGGCGAGCUGUCAGGGCAGCGGGAUCCGGAGACGGUCGCCGUGGCAGCCAGCUCGGGUACCCGCGUCUCUGAGCAGCAGUGUGGAAAAGCCUGUCUCUGAGCAUCCCUGACCGCAGCCAUGAGCAGCAGCCCCGCCAGUGGCGUCUCCUUAGAGGGGAUCUCGCUGGAUUCCUCGGAGGAGUCCGAGCUCCGCAGGGAAGCCAUGCAGCAGGUGCUGGACAACCUGAGCGACCUGCCCAACGCCACCGGGGCGGCCGACCUGGAUCUCAUCUUCCUCCGCGGCAUCAUGGAGAGUCCAAUAGUAAGAUCCUUGGCUAAGGCUCACGAGCGCCUGGAGGAGACCAAGCUGGAGGCCGUGAGGGACAAUAACGUGGAGCUGGUGCAGGAGAUCCUGCAGGACAUCGCCCACGUCGCCGGGAGCAACAGCGCGGCCGCCGAGCUGGCAGGCAUCCUGCAGGAGCCCCACUUCCAGUCUCUCCUGGAAACCCACGACUCGGUGGCCUCCAAGAGCUACGAGACGCCCCCACCCAGCCCCCUCCUGGACCCCAUGUUCAACAACCAGCCGGUGCCGCCGGAUGCCGUGCGCAUGGUGGGGAUCCGCAAGACGGCCGCAGAGCACCUGGGCGUGACCUUCCGGGUGGAGCGGGGCGAGCUGGUGGUUGCCCGCAUCCUGCACGGCGGCAUGAUCGACCAGCAGGGCCUGCUGCACGUGGGCGACGUCAUCAAGGAGGUGAACGGCAAGGAGGUGGGCAACGACCCCAAGGUGCUGCAGGAGAUGCUGAAGAACGCCACUGGCAGCGUGGUUCUCAAGAUCCUACCCAGUUACCAGGAGCCUCCCCUGCCCCGGCAGGUGUUUGUGAAGUCCCACUUUGACUACGACCCGGCCAGCGAUAACCUCAUCCCCUGCAAGGAGGCAGGGUUAAAAUUCACGGCCGGGGACCUGCUGCAGAUCGUCAACCAGGACGACCCCAACUGGUGGCAGCUGAUCCCCCGGCUCGAUCCCAGAGUUGGGGGGUGUCUGGAGCUGGGCUUCUGGUUCUGCCCAUCACAGGGAGGUUCCCAGAGCGUGGCACUGGCUCUCUGGGUUCCCGGAGUUGGGAGGUGUUUGGGUCUGAAGGUUCGGUCCCCUCUCCGGUCGUUCUGUAACUCGCGCUUACUGUGCCCCUUGGCAGACACUUCGCGGAAGCCCAAGGACCAGGAGAGGAACGGCCAGGUCUACUGCUUCGUGUCGCGGGGGGAGAUGGAGGCGGACAUCAAGGCUGGCCGCUACCUGGAGCACGGGGAGUAUGAGGGGAACCUCUACGGCACCAAGAUCGACUCCAUCCAUGAGGUGGUGGAGUCCGGCAAGAUGUGCAUCCUGGAUGUGAACCCGCAGGCGGUGAAGGUGCUGAGAACAGCCGAAUUCGUCCCCUACGUGGUCUUCAUCGAAGCCCCGGACUAUGAGACGCUCCGAGCCAUGAACAAGGCGGCACUGGAGAGCGGCGUGGCCACGAAGCAGCUCACGGAGGCGGAUCUGAAGCGGACGGUGGAUGAGAGCUGCCGCAUCCAGCGUGGCUACGGGCACUACUUCGACCUCAGCCUGGUCAACGACAACCUGGAGUGGACAUUCCAGCAGCUGCAGGAGGCCCUGGAGAGGCUGCGGGCAGAGCCCCAGUGGGUCCCCGUCAGCUGGGUUUACUAGGACGACAUGCUGGGAGGGAAGGCCUCCCCACCCUGCCCCCACGCGGAGGGCACUGCCGACCCGCCUCCCCUCCGCCCUCCCUCCUGCACAAACCACGACGUCUCAAAGCCAAGGAACCCGGAUCCCCUGCCUGCGUUCCAGUCCUGUCUUCAGGAGAGUAGGGGGCGGCGAGGCAGGGAACUGGGUGCUUGUUGAACGUCCCCUUCCCCCUCCCCCAGAGUUUUACCCAACUUUGCCAGAGUUAGAGAGUUUCUUGCAGGCAUUCCUGAGGGGCACCCCCAGUGGAGGACCCUUCUCUGCCCUGGACACAUGGCUGGGGGGCAGUGACCCUCCAUUUCCUCCCAGGAAGGGUUAGGGUGGCCAUGGGGAGGGUUGAGAGAGCAGCCCAAGGCAGGGCAGUGCCCAGGAUACCAAGCACAGCCACUUUAGUGCUCAGAGUGGGCACCGGGUCCCCCUUCAAGCCAGCCCAGGGCUGUGCCUGGGGCCAGAUCCCGGCAGCCGGCAGAGGGAGGUGGGCAUGAGGAGGGCAGCAUGAAGCAUGCCGCCGGAGGUGCACAGAUCUGGGGAUGGCAGCUGGCACCUCCCUCCAUCCCUGCGCAUUUCUCCCUUCCUCACCCAGCUGCCCGCUCCAUGCCCAGGCUGCAUCCGCCUUCCCGGUCCAGCCUGAGCUGAGAGGUGCCUGCCACCACCUCCAGCAGCUCCCUGCAAGACCCCUUUGCAGCCUGGAGGCAGCUCGGGGCAUCUGUCCCCACUGGCCUAGGCCAGGGGAAAUCUCGACAGGGACCAACCGGCUCAGGAACAGAGGCGUUCCUGGCCAGCUUUCUUCAUCGUUCCCCACAAGGCCAGCGGGGUGGGGACGAGGGUGUGGGGGGGUUCGGAGCCCAUCACCUCCCUGGGCUAGAGCAUCAGAUUCUCCCUUAACCCGUCUCUGGGGUUCGGGGCAGGAGGCGUGUCCACUGAUGGGCUCGGUGGGCUUCUUGGAUAAACCUUAGAGACUAACUCACUAAUUCCCCACCGAGAAUCCGCAGCUGCUCCCCAGCAAAGACUGAUUUGUUAUUUCGGGGCUGGCUGGCCGGGGGAGGGGGGGGGGGGGAAUUUCGGAGGAAACGACUGGCAAGUUUGGUGCCACGGGAGAUCAAGCCCCUCCCAGGACCACCGGAGCACGAUACAAAAAUCAGCAGGGUUCCGAUGCCCUACC